UUCUAUCUAGCAUUGUUUUCGAUCUACUGUCUAGAUAAAAUGUGUUUUGGAUAGCCUAAAUAUCGAAUAAAAAUCCAAAAUUUGUUCAACAAUGAUGAUUUUAGGUUUAAAGAUAUCUCUUAACGUGCACGAUUUCCGCUUAAAUGUUGGCUUCACUCUGUCCAGAUUUCUAAUUAGCAGUUGUUGAUUUUUAUGACCAAAUAAGCUUCACAAAAGCUCCACUAGAAAUUGCAACACAAUUUCCCGAUUCGCACAAUGUGUCACAUUAAAUUUAGGAAAUUUAGUAAACGUGUGUAACAGUAGUCCCCAACACAAUUGAUUUAAGGCCAGAAUAUUCAGCGCAUGAAUAAUUGUUCUGUGCCGAUAUGGUAACGACGUGAAUUUUCAGGCGCCCACAGGGGAGAGCGGAGGGAGAAACUCAUUGUCAGGUAUCAAUAAAAGCACCGCAAUUUGCUGAGAUCCUUCCUAUCUCGAGCGCGCGACUUGCUCGCACACACACACACACAUUCGCUCUCCUGACCACACGCGAGCUAGAGGCUAAUUCUCUCGCUCCUCCCUCUGGGUAGCCAAGCUGUACGUUCGCCGCUAUCAUCAAUAAACUGCUAGGAGCAAUGGACGCACCGCAAAUUGAACAGCAAGGCAAGGGCGUGCGCACCCUCGCCUUCUUCGACCUGGAGACGACCGGCCUGCAGCACGAGCAGCCCAGGAUGCGUGUCACCGAGCUGUCCAUCGUCGCGGUCACGGUCGCCGACCUGAGAGCCGCGUCGCCGCGUUUGCCGCGCAUUCUGCACAAGCUUACAAUGUGCAUGAACCCCUGUUCGCCUGUCCACCCAAUCGCCAGCCAGGUGUCUGGCCUGGACAACUUCAUGCUUGAAGGCCACCCGACUUUCAAGACUGCAACUUGUGAUACCCUGGAAUCCUUCCUCCAAAGGUUGCCGCCACCUGUCUGUCUGGUAGCGCAUGAUGGCCACCGAUUCUACUUUUCGCUUUUGACCAGAGAAUUUCUCUACGCUAAAAGGGCAUUUCCAAAUAACAUUUUGUGCGCUGACACUCUGCCCUGCUUCCGUGAAUUGCUAAAUCCGGAAAAAGUUCCCAAGCAAGUAAUUCCCAGGCGCCGGCGAAACUUUGGUGCAACUCAGCAAUCAUGCUCGCAAAACUGUCACAAACUCGACUCGUCGGAACUGGAGGCCAAAACGGUCGGCGUUGCAGAGGCAGCGGAGCGAGAGCCCCAGCAGACCCCUGAAAUGCCGCCAGUGACAAUCCAGGAAAGCACUCCUAAUAAACGCAAAAAACCCAAAUCGUUUCGUGAGGACGACCUGGUGCAGCAGUUAGCGCCCGAAUUCAAGGCAGACACCCUUCAGUCGGUCGAGGGAGACGUAAUGGCCCUGCUGCACUGCGCCUCUGCCCGUGUUGACCAGUUUGUUCCCUGGAUUAACGAACAUGCAGAAGUGUUUCCAGUGCUUAAAGCGUCGAAAAUAUUUAGCCAACGUCGCCAUAUAUAAGAUGUCGUGCCAAGAAGACGCGGAUGAAUUUCAAGACGGACUUAACAACAUCGAUAUUUGGUCAGCUGGGGUCUGCACACGGACAUCGUGCGGGCGAAAGCGGCGCAGCUUUGCACGAGGGUGCUCGCCGCGAGUAAUAAGAAUCGCGUCUCUGACUAUCGUUCAACUAGUAUUCACCUAUAUCUUAAGACGAUUAUUUGUAAUCACAAUUAUUAUUAAUCUUUUAUUGCUUUAUCGACAUGUAUUUUAUUUUAAUCGUUAUAUUUUAUUUAAUAAUAAUAUUUCUACACUUUAA